AUGUCUCAGCGAGUGACGCGUUCGCAGACGGGAGCCACGCCCAGGAAGCCCUCCCAGCCGGGAUUCGUCGAAACCCCCGGUCGCCGCCGCACGACGCGAAAAUCUGUUCUCCAGUCUGCCGACGGCGAUUCCUCUGAGAACGGAACGCCUAUUCCCGAUGCUGUCUCGAUCAAGACCGAAGAGCCCCUUUCGAACGGUACCGCCAACGGCUUCGCCAAUGGUCACGCGAACGGAUUCGCCAACGGAUUCGCGAACGGUCACGCGAACGGCCACGCAAACGGCCAUGCGAACGGCCAUGCGAACGGCCAUGCGAACGGCCACGCGACCAAUGGCCAUGUCAAGGACGAGAAGCCUAAGAAGCAGGUCGUCGACCCGACCAUGACGGAGGUCUCACCACACUUCGAGUUUGGCGGCUCGUGGGGCACGGGAGCCAUGAUGAUUGGCUUUCCGAUGUUGAUGUACUACAUGUGGUUGGGCGCGACAUUCUACGGCGGCCGUCCUCCUACACCGGCUGAGGGCCAGAGCCUAGGAGAGUUUUUUCAGCAUAUGUUCCAGAUGUGCUACGAGCAUGCGUUCCCCCAUGCGCGCGCCUGGACCAUCUACUGGACCUUCAUGACCAUCCAGAUGGUCUUCUACCUGUUCAUGCCUGGCGUGUACUCCAAGGGCCAGGCGCUGCCGCACCUUGGUGGCAAGCAGCUCGACUACUACUGCUCUGCGGUUUGGAGCUGGUACACGAGCAUCGCUUUGGGCUUGGGUCUGCAUUACACUGGCCACUUCAAGCUAUACACCUUGAUCGACGAGUUCGGGCCUCUCAUGACCGUUGCGAUUAUCUCGGGUUUCUUGAUGAGCUUCUAUUUCUACAUUAGCGCUCAUAUUCGUGGUGCCACUGUUCGUAUGACGGGCUACCCGGUCUAUGACUUCUUCAUGGGCGCUGAACUGAACCCGCGUCUCUUUGGAUGGCUAGACUGGAAGAUGUUCUUCGAAGUCAGAAUGCCUUGGUUCAUUCUGUACUUCCUCACUCUCGGCACGGCGGCGAGGCAAUAUGAGAACUACGGCUACGUCUCUGGCGAGGUUUGCUUCCUUGUCAUGGCCCACUGGCUCUACGCGAACGCUUGCUCCAAGGGCGAGGAGAUGAUUGUCACGACCUGGGACAUGUACUUCGAGAAGCUUGGCUUCAUGCUUACAUUCUGGAACCUGGCCGGCGUGCCGCUCAGCUACUGCCACUGCACUCUGUACCUCGCCAACCACCACCCAUCUGAAUACGCGCACUCCAAGUGGCUCCUCGCGGUGAUGUUCCCUGCCUACCUGUUUGUUUACUGGGUCUGGGACACGGCGAACAGCCAGAAGAACCACUUCCGUCGCAAGGAGCGUGGCUCCGACUACGACCGCAGGACGUUCCCGGUUCUUCCCUGGCGCGAGGUGCACAACCCCAAGGUCAUCCAGACGGAUACCGGCAAGGACCUUCUGGCGGACGGCUGGUAUGGGCUUGCGCGCAAGGUGCACUACAGCUGCGACCUGUACUUCGCGCUCAAUUGGGGCCUCAUUUGCGGUUUCGCUAGCCCUUUCCCGUGGUUCUAUCCGUUCUUCUUCAGCUGCAUGAUCGUGCACCGUGCGGCUAGAGACAUUCAGCGCUGCAGGGAGCGGUAUGGGCAGGCGUGGAAGGAGUAUGAGCGCCAAGUGCCGUAUCUCUUCAUCCCCUAUGUUAUCUAA